AUGGAUUUCCAAACACUCUGCACGUUUGACACUUUUAAGUCGGCGUGGAGCCACUACGGUUACGGGGGAGACCUCCGGGCCCUGGUCGAGCAGGAGUUCACGCGGAUUAAAGAAAUAACAUAUCUGGACCAUGCAGGAACUACUCUGUACCCAGAGUCUCUGGUCAGGGACUACUUCCAGGACGUUUCAAGGAACAUGUACGGAAACCCACACAGCCACCACCCCAGCAGCAGACUGACACAAGACACGGUGGACAGGGUCAGAUACAGGGUAUUGCAGCAUUUUAAUGCCACCCCCGAGGAGUACUCUGUGGUUUUUACUUCUGGUUGUACAGCCGCACUCAAAUUAGUGGCUGAGAGCUUUCCCUGGAGGCCGCCGACUGAGAGCGAGGGGGGAAGCCACUUCUGCUACCUCACCGACAGCCACACCUCCGCGGUUGGAAUAAGAGGGCUGGCGUGCGGCCGUGGGGCGGUCGCCCUGCCCGUCUCCCCGCAGGAGGUGGAGGGCCGUGCACAGCCUGCGAAAGGUGAAGCCGCUGCUUGCCAGACGCCGCACCUCUUUAGUUACCCGGCGCAGAGCAACUUCUCGGGGAGGAAGUAUCCCCUCAGCCUCGCGAGUGGCAUCCAGGCGAGACGCCUCUACCCAGCGUGUGAGCACCCGGGUCGCUGGUUUGUGCUGCUCGACGCGGCCUGUCAUGUCAGCUGCUCCCCUCUGAAUCUGCAGGAGUGCCCCGCUGACUUCAUCCCCAUCUCUUUCCAUAAGAUGUUUGGCUUCCCCACAGGACUGGGGGCACUUCUUGUCCGCAACGACGCGGCGGGCAUACUAAAGAAGACUUACUUCGGAGGUGGCACAGCGGCAGCUUACCUUUCCGGGGAAGAUUAUUAUGUGCAGGCAGCCAACAUUUCUGACAGAUUUGAAGAUGGGACCGUUUCCUUCUUGGACGUCAUUGCUGUAAAUCACGGUUUUGAAGCUCUUUACAGGAUCACAGGGGGAAUGCACAACAUCCAACAGCACACCUAUGGCUUGGCACGCUACACUUACAUGCUGCUGUCGGGCCUUUGCCAUGGCAACGGGCAACCGGUGGCUCAGAUGUACACAGAAGGCCAGUUUGAGAGUCCGAGCACACAGGGCGCAAUCCUAAACUUCAACCUCAAGGAUUCUCAUGGGCAGAUAAUUGGCUAUUCUCAGGUGGACAGAAUGGCCAGUCUGUCCAAUAUCCAUGUGCGCACGGGCUGCUUCUGUAACACCGGAGCCUGUCAGUCCUUCCUUGGGAUCACCAAUCAGCAGAUUCGGAGAAACCUGCAGGCCGGCCACGUCUGCGGAGACAACAUCGACCUGGUGGACGGCCAGCCGACCGGAUCUGUGCGCGUGUCCUUUGGCUACAUGUCGACGUUCGAAGACUGUCAAAAGUUCCUGAACUUUGUUGCAGAGUGCUUCGUGGAGAAGCCGGUGACAGUGGACCGGGUGAGACUGGAGAAGCUCGCGGGCGCCACAGCGGCAUGCGAAGGCUCAAGUGAAGAGCCUCCGAUCGACAUCACUCCCGGAGGUACAGUCGGAGGAGACGAGAGGGCGAGGCCUUUGGAAGCGUCUCCGAGGGGAGUUGGACGUAGAGACUCAAGCGGCCACAGGGAGGCGUAUACUCUAACCAACAUCUACAUAUAUCCCAUCAAAUCAUGUGGCGCCUAUGAGGUCCACGACUGGCCGGUUGGACCGCUGGGUUUGCUGUAUGACCGAGGCUGGAUGGUGGUGAAUGGAAACGGCGUGUGCCUGAGCCAGAAGAGAGAGCCGCGCUUGUGCCUCGUUCGCCCACAAGUCCACCUGCCCUCGAACAAAUUGCUUCUGCGGGCAUCAGGCAUGGGUACCAUUUUGGUUCCCCUGGAAAACAACCCUCAAAUGCACGCGAGCUAUCAAGUGUGUCAGAGUAAAGUUUGCGGUGACAGGGUGGAGGCUGUCGACUGUGGGGAUGAGGCUGCAUCGUGGCUCUCAGACUUCCUUGGACAGCCAUGCCGCCUGAUAAGACAAAGUCCUGAUUUUACCCGUGACAUGAAGAAGAGGCCGAGCGGAGCUGCCACCUCCACGUCCCUCUCCCUGGUGAAUGAAGCUCAGUAUCUCAUGAUCAACCGUGCCAGCGCGGAGCUCAUUCAGAAGCUAAUGAGCAGCAGGCAGGGCGACACCAUGGGCGAUCAGCUCCUUGACACACAGAACGUCAUUAGCCGCUUCCGAGCCAAUUUAGUCAUCGCUGGAGGAGAACCAUUUGAGGAGGAUAAUUGGCCACACUUAAUUAUUGGCAAAACUCGAUUCGUGGUCGCAGGUCAGUGUGGGAGGUGCCAGAUGAUUGGAGUGGACCAGGAGACUGGGAACAAAACAAAAGAGCCGCUAAUGUCUCUGUCAGCCUACCGCGAUGGGAUGGUCACUUUUGGAGUGUACCUGACCCAUCAGCUACCAGAGGGCUCCAGUAACGCAGUCCGUGUCCUCUCUGCUGGGUCCCUGAUACAGCCUGAGCCACACAGUUCCUGAAGUAAUCAUCUGCAUCGUCGUCUUUAUUUAUUUUGGUGACAUCUUUGGUCCUGAGCGGUCACUUCGGUGC